AUAGACUUGACAACGCUGGUCAUGCAUUCCUAAGAUGUACACGUGUUUAUAAUAGUUGAGGCGUCUAAGUGAUUUGCUGACACCAAUAUUAUAGAAUUUAAAAUGUAAGUGAUAUUUUUUUUUGUUGAAAGAUAUUACUUAUAAAAACAAUAUCCAACAAGAUCAUGGUGAAAAUAUGUUUCACGCUUUGUUAUAGACCGCUUUACGGCAAAAAGUUUAUUUGUUGAUAUAGCAACCAAUGAUGUCAAGGGAGGACAAGAAAUAGUAGAUAGUAUGGAGUCAGUGGAAAAUGGGGGAACACAUCAUAUUGAUGGUGAGUGGAGACUCAGUAUGGGUGAACUAAAGAAAUGUUUGAAAAAUUCAAAAUUGCCGGAACGUCAGAUACGUUUUAGGUGUGGUAUUCAAAACACUGUCUUUGAUGUAUUACAAGCACGAGCAGGCUGGCAGGAAGUGGUAAGUGAAGAAGACUGGGAUUUCUUUUGGUGUGACCGAGAAUUCUCAAAAGACAACUACACAGGAUUGUAUCUGCAUGAACACCAGAGGAUGCUUCAUUUCAGAAAUCAUCAUGAGCUUACAAGAAAAAAUCUGAUGGUGAAAAAUCUAAAGCGUUUGAAACGACAAGUUGAGAGAGAUCAUGGGAAAGCAGAAGGUCAAUUUUAUGACUUUUUCCCAACAUCCUUCGAAUUACCUGCUGAAUAUCAUAUUUUUGUUGAAGAGUUCAAGAGAAACCCAGGACUUGUAUGGAUUAUGAAACCUGCAGCAAAAUCACAAGGAAAAGGUAUUUUCCUCUUCAGAAAGUUAAAAGAUAUAAUUGACUGGAAAAAGAGUGAAAAUCAGUUAAAUAAUGAUAGCAACAAGGAAGCUCCUGAAACAUAUGUCGUCCAAAGAUACAUUGCAAAUCCAUAUCUGAUUGGAGGCAAGAAAUUUGAUGUCAGAGUGUAUGUGCUUGUAACAUCAAUUGCACCUUUAAAAAUUUGGAUUUACAGGAAUGGAUUUGCUCGAUUCUCUAAUACGCGGUAUUCUUUGGAUGCCAUAAGUGAUAGCUUUAUUCAUUUAACAAAUGUUGCCAUCCAGAAGACUGCUCCAGAUUAUGAUCCAGAGAAAGGUUGCAAGUGGUCAUGUCAGGAUCUCAGACAGUACCUUUAUGCCAAACAUGGAUUAGAAAUUGUGAAAGACAUAUUUCUGCAAAUUGACUUCACUAUCAUCAGAAGUCUGCAGAGUGUACAGAAAAUAAUCAUCAAUGACAAGCAUUGUUUUGAAGCUCUCGGAUAUGACAUUUUAAUUGAUGAUCAACUAAAAGUAUGGCUGAUUGAAAUUAAUGCUUCUCCUUCAUUCACUGCUACCAGCAAAGAAGAUUAUGAUUUGAAAUAUGGUCUCUUAACUGAUGUAUUUAACAUUAUAGAUAUGGAAAAUAGAUUAACAGGCAAUGAAAAAAGAAUUGGUGGAUUUGAUUUACUAUGGCAUGAUGGACCAGUGCAUUCCGAUGAUGCUAAUAUAAUAUCUAAUGGAGCCAACUCAACCCAUAAUUCCUUUUUAGGUUGUGUAAAUAACCGCAAGACUCAAUUACAGCACAUCUACACUCAGGCAUCAUCAAAGAAGAUAAGUUGAGACUGGCAGCAUUUGCAUACUCCACAUAAUCUUUUGGUUUCUAUGUCAGCUAUUUCGACUCCAGUUGAAAUUUUCUAAGCAAGACAGAAGAUUCAAAUAGAAUCAUUUGAUAUUGAUUUUUAUUUUUUAAUUUGAAUACAUGAUAAUCGUGUUCUUUACAGCAAAGAAGCAAUUCAGGAAACGGUAUGUUAUUUUCUAUUGGACUGAAAUUAAAUGAAAUGAAAGUGAAAUCGUUUUUCUGCUUGAGUUUCGAGUUUUAAUAAAAGCAAGUGAAAGUCUGAAACA